AUGCUGUCCCCCUGCCUGCUCCUGGUCCUGCUGCUCCUGACCCCAGCCCUGUCCGCCCCACACGAGCGAGGGCUCAUCUUCAACUUGGACACGGGGGAGCUGUGCCUGCAGAGCGCCCAGUGCAAGAGCGGCUGCUGCCAUCGGCACAGCGGCCUGAGCCUGGCCCGAUGUGCACCGAAGGCGGCCGAGUUCCAGAAGUGCUCUCCGAAGAGCCUCUAUGGGGUCUACUACGAAUGUCCCUGCGAGAGCGGCUUGAACUGCGACGUUGAUAAGACCAUCGUGGGCUCCAUCACCAACAGCGACUUCGGUAUCUGCAAGGAUCCCCAGAGCUCCAACGGGUUGCAGUGA